UGAUAUUUCUAUGAUUUAAUUGUCUUGCAAAGUAGCUAAACAUAAUUCAGAGACAAUUGAAUAUUAUUGUCUAGACAAAUGCUGCAAGGAUAAUAGAUUAAAAUGUUUUAACUGUCUCACAAAUUAACAUGAGGGUCAUAAAGUUUUUAGAAUAUCAAAUGUGAGUCAACACGUACAAGAAUUUUAUUAGAAGGGUUAAGAAAUUAUUGACAUUUUAUAUAUUAUUAAAUUUCAACUAGUUGAAAACAUUGAUGAAUUGAUUAAAAAUAUACAAGAAAAAUUCUAAUAAGAACCAAAUAACUUAAGUCAAUUCACUAAUGAUCAAUUCUAAUCUUAUCUGUAAGGGCUCCUAGAUUUUGAUUAAAAUAAAUGUAUGAUAGAUAAUGAUGUGAUUGCUUUUCUAUAAUUAGCAAAAAAUAAUAUUAAUGAGGCUGUUUAUAAGCUUGAAGUAAAAGAAAGCUUGCAUUACUAAGCUCCUCCUGAAAUGCAAUAAAAAGUGAGAGAUCUAUAAAACUAAGGUUUAUUAAUAUUUAAUAUCUUUUAGGGACUUAAUUAUUCGAAAAUAACAAUAUUAUGGGGGCUUAAGAUAUUAUGAAUUAAACCUUAAUAUUGGAUCCAAAUAACAAAAUUUCAUUAGUAAUGAAGGGUACUUCUUUAACAUAAAUUGUAGGCAAACUACUACUUUCUUAAACAAAAAAUUAUGAAGCUUAUAAUACUUUUGAUAGAGUGAGGAAAAUCGACCCUAUGAACAAGGAUGCAUUAAAUGGAUUAGGUAUGAGUUGAUAUUUAUAUUUAGGGGAUUGCUUAAGAGAAAGAUCUAAAUAUGAUGAUGCACUAAAAUAUUAUGAAGCUACACUUGAACUGGAUAAGAACAAUAAACAAGCCUUGAUCGGCAAAGGUAUUAAAUCUAAUUGACAACUUUAGCUCUUUGUUUAGGAAAAUUGAAAAAAUUUCAAGAUGCUAGACCAAUAUUUGAAAGAUUUUUAAAUUAAGACAAAAAUGAUAUUGAUGCAAUUUGGGGUUUGGGUAUUUAUAUUAAUAAAAUUUUAAUAGCUGAUCUCUUAAGAAUAUAAGGGAAAGAUGAGGAGGCGAUAAAGUAAUAUAAUAAAGCAUUAUAAUUAAAUUAAAAUCAUUUAGAAUCAAUAAGUGGUUUGGGUAUUAUAUUAAUGUUAAACAAUUUUAAUAGGUGAUUGUUAUAGAUUGCUUGGAAAAUUUGAUGAUGCAAUGAAAUACUUGAAAAAAGCAUUGUAAAUAAAUCCCAGACAUGCCUUAUCUUUAGUUAGAAUGGGUAAAAUAGAAUUUAUACAAUUAGGGGAUUGUUUAAGACAACAAAAGAAAUUUUUAGAGGCUAUGAAUUUUUAUAGCGAAGCCUUAGCCAUUGAUCGUAACGAUGAUUGGUGCAAGUCUAAAUUUGGUAAAGUAUUAUCUUAUUUCAAGAUGAAUGUAAAAUAAAGAGCCAACCAGGAAAGUGAUUUUUUUUGGAUAAUAAGAUUAUUAACAAGAAUAUUA